AUGGGCAGACUAGAUGGCAAAGUCGCCAUCGUGACCGGCGGCGGCUCAGGCUUCGGCGCCGGCAUUUCAAAAGGCAUGGCCUCUGAAGGCGCCAAAGUCCUUGUCUGCGACAUCAACCAGUCAGGCGGCGAAGCGACGGCAGCCACAAACCCUUCCUCUCUCGCCUUCCACAAGAUGGACGUGACCAAAACGUCGGACUGGAAAGCUACUGUCUCGGCUUGCAUCGAGAAGUUUGGGCGCUGCGAUAUACUCGUCAAUAACGCUGGUUGGUCAUAUACCAAUAAACCUACGACGACGGUCACGGAGGACGAGUUCGAUAAAGUCUUCGACGUCAAUGUCAAAGGUGUUUAUCUUGGCUGCAAUGCGUGGGUCGAUCAAGCCAUCGAGCGCAAAGAAGGAGGUGUGAUAAUCAACAUCGCUAGUGUUGGAGCAACGCGGCCACGGCCAGGCUUGGUAUGGUACAACGCGAGUAAAGGCGCGAUUUGGAAUGCGACAAAAGGCCUCGCGGCGGAGUACGGGCCCCAUCAGAUCCGUGUCGUGUCCAUUUGCCCCCUUGUUACAGGAACAGGUCUCUUCUCUGCCUUUACAGGAAUGGAAGAUACACCGGAGAACAGGACAAAGUUCACGUCCAAUGUACCCAUGGGCAGGAUCGGUGAAGUGGACGACGUGGUGAAUGCGUGUAUCUUCAUGGCGAGCAAAGAGGCUGGCUUCAUUACAGGAGUUAAUCUGGAAGUGGAUGGUGGACGCUGUAUCUAG